GACCGUGAUGGAGUAUAAAGGCCUGGCGGGCGGUGUCAGCGAUGAUUUGGAGCACAUCCCAGCCCGGAAGUUGUCUGCGAGUUACAUGCUGCACGAGGCCGAGCUUGUUUGUCGCGACAGCACUUGCGGCAGCCCGUGAUAUUUUGAGUCCCCCGGAGCCCGACUCCUGAGGGCGAGAUGAACGCGCUGGCCUCCCGAGCCGUCCGGACGUGCGAUCGCUUCUGGCAGCCCGAACCAGCGCUCCUGCCCCCGGGGUGAGGCACAGCCCCCAGUCGCCCAGACAGAUGGCCCCAGGCCAAGUACCCCAUCAGGCCGCCCCCUGGAGGGAUGUCUACCCCUUCUUUCUCCUGUCUCCACUGAUGGGCUUCCUCGGCCGUGCCUGGAGCCACCUGAGGGGUCCAGGACCUCCAGAACCCUGGCUGGUGGAAACAGUAACAGGGGAAGAUCAGGUAGAAGCUGUCCUAGAGGGAGAAGCUAAGCCUCCUCGGGCGACCCACCAUGCCCCCUGGGGCAGUCACCCUAAAGGCAAAGCUAAAGACAGUGGAGCAGCUGAAGAGGAUGGAGGAGCAGCCUGGAGGGCAUGCCUUGACCUGAAAGCCAACAGUUCUCCUCUUGAAGCUUGGGGACUUUCAGAUGAUAAUGAUGAAGAGUAUUGCAAGAAGGAAGCAACCAGUGUCCCUAGAGAGCAGAGAAGUGAAUUUAUAGAUAGCCACCUUGCUUCCCUGUCCCGCAGCCUGCUGAUUGAAACCCUGCAAGAUUCUGAUAAGAACCCUGGGGAGGUAGAAGCUGAGGAAGAGAGAGUUGCUGAAGAUAAGGUAGUGGCCAAAUUCUCUUGUCCUUCAUCACACUGGGAGUCUUGUCCAAUGGUGGAAGAGAAGGAAGAUGGAGAGGCUGUAAAGAAAGAAGCUCCCAGAACUUCUAGUUCCCCUUUAUCUCCAGGAUCCAAGCCCAGCACUUGGGUGUAUUGCCUUGGGGAGGGAGAGGAUCGAGCUACGGAAGAAGAAAGAACAGAAAAUAAAGAAGCCUGGAAGAUUUCCAUUACCCCCUCAUCUUCAGGAUCCAACCCCAGGGCCUGGGAGUUUUGUUCAGGAGAGGAGGCUAAGGAGAAGGAUGAAAAGGCCCACAAAGCAGCUGAGAAAGGAGAAGCUGACCCAGAGCCACCCUCCUCAGCUCCAGCCCAGAGGCUCCUGCUCCAGGCGUGGGAGUAUCAACCCAGGAAGAACGCAGAGAAACAGGAUGAAGAGGAGGAUGACGACAAUGCUCUGGGGGCAGCUGAGAAGAAAGAAGGAGCUCUGGGUCCUUCUUCCAUCCCCCCUACAAGUGACUUCGAGAGGGCCUGGGUAUAUUGGCCAGGAGAGGACACAGAGGAAGAUGAGGAUAGUGAUUUGGGAUUAGCUGAGGAAGAGGGAGGAGCUGAGGCUUCCUCUUCUACUCCCCUGACAAGUGCCUUCUUGCAGGCCUGGGUGUACCAGCCAGGAGAGGACACAGAGGAGGAGGAAGAUGAAGAAGAUGGUGAUUCUGAAUCCGCUGUGGAAGAGGCUGAGGCUUCCUCUUCCACUCCCCUGACGAGUGCCUUCUUGCAGGCCUGGGUGUACCAGCCAGGAGAGGACACAGAGGAGGAAGAUGAAGAUAGUGAUUCUGAAUCCGCUGUGGAAGAGGCUGAGGCUUCCUCUUCCACUCCCCUGACGAGUGCCUUCUUGCAGGCCUGGGUGUACCAGCCAGGAGAGGACACAGAGGAGGAGGAAGAUGAAGAAGAUGGUGAUUCUGAAUCCGCUGUGGAAGAGGCUGAGGCUUCCUCUUCUACUCGCCCUAGAGGUGGCUUCUUGCAGGCCUGGGUGUAUAGGCCAGGAGAGGACACAGAGGAGGAAGAUGAGUAUGAGGAGACUGAGGAUAAAGGAGAUGAUUCAGAAGCAGCUGAGGUAGAAGCUGACUCAGGCCCACACCCCUCCCCUCAGGGCCGAAGUGCCCUCCUCAGGAGCUGGAUAUGUCCACCCAGAGAGGAGACAGAGGAAGAGGAAGCAGCUGAGCAGCGGGGAGAAGCUGAGCCCUGCCCCUUCCGAGUGGCCAUCUAUUUACCUGGAGAGAAGCCACCACCUCCCUGGGCUCCUCCUAAGCUGCCCCUCCGACUGCAAAGACGGCUCAAGUUCUCAGAAACCCACACGCGGGAUUCAGACCCUGAGACUCCCCUAAAGGCCAGAAAGGUGCGCUUCUCUGAGAAGGUCACCGUCCAUUUCCUGGCUGUCUGGGCAGGGCCGGCCCAGGCUGCCCGCCGGGGCCCCUGGGAGCAGCUCGCCCGGGAUCGGAGCCGCUUCGCCCGCCGCAUCGCCCGCGCCCAGGAGGAGUUGGGCCCCUGCCUCACCCCUGCCGCCCGGGCCAGAGCCUGGGCACGCCUCAGGAACCCACCUCCUUCUCUGGCCCCCGUACUUGCUGCUACCGAGACCUUGCCUUGCUCUUACUCCCCUUCGACAUGCCCAGCACAGGCCACGCCCUUGAGCCAUGCCGUGGCCACACCUUCCCCCCUCCCUGUGUAGUCGCGUCUUCCUGCCUUAGUGGGAGGCGUGGCUAAGGCCAGAACGUUUGCGUGUUAUUAUUUAUUUUUUUAAAGUGUUGGUUUAUAUAAGGAAUAAAGCUUUUUAAUUUGUAGUGA